CGACGCUCUCCCUUUCCGUUUCAGCACAAAAUGAACAUAAUUAGGGAAAAUAAGGAUUUGGCAUGUUUCUAUACAACAAAACAUUCAUGGAGGGGAAAAUAUAAACGUGUCUUUUCAGUUGGAACUCAUGCGAUUACUACGUAUAAUCCCAAUACCUUAGAAGUAACAAACCAGUGGCCUUAUGGAGACAUUUGCAGCGUCAGCCCUGUUGGAAAAGGACAAGGAACAGAAUUCAACCUGACAUUUCGUAAAGGCAGUGGGAAAAAGUCAGAAACUUUAAAAUUUUCUACAGAGCACAGAACAGAACUUCUUACAGAAGCAUUGAGAUUUAGAACUGAUUUUUCAGAAGGAAAAAUCACAGGAAGGAGAUAUAACUGUUAUAAACAUCACUGGAGUGAUACCAGAAAACCUGUAAUUUUGGAAGUAACUCCUGGAGGCUUUGACCAGAUAAACCCUGCUACCAACAGAGUACUGUGCUCCUAUGACUAUAGAAAUAUUGAAGGCUUUGUAGAUCUCUCUGAUUACCAGGGAGGAUUCUGUAUACUGUAUGGAGGAUUUAGUAGAUUGCAUUUAUUUGCAUCAGAGCAAAGAGAAGAGAUUAUCAAAAGUGCAAUAGACCAUGCUGGCAACUACAUAGGUAUUUCAUUGAGGAUCAGGAAAGACCCUUUAGAGUUUGAGCAAUAUUUGAAUCUCCGCUUUGGAAAAUACAGCACUGAUGAGUCCAUCACGUCUUUAGCAGAGUUCAUAGUUCAGAAAAUAUCUCCUAGACAUUCGGAGCCUGUGAAAAGAGUCCUUGCACUUACAGAAACAUGUUUAGUAGAAAGGGAUCCAGCAACCUAUAAUAUUGCAACAUUGAAGCCUUUAGGAGAAGUGUUUGCAUUGGUUUGUGACCCAGACAAUCCACAACUUUUUACCAUUGAAUUUAUCAAAGGGCAAAUACGGAAAUACUCUUCAACAGAAAGAGACUCCUUAUUAGCAAGUUUGCUGGAUGGAGUAAGAGCCUCUGGUAACAGAGAUGUUUGUGUAAAAAUGACAUCAACUCAUAAAGGUCAGCGAUGGGGCUUACUCAGCAUGCCUGUGGAUGAGGAAGUGGAGAGUCUUCAUCUCAGAUUUUUAGCCACACCUCCAAAUGGCAGCUUUGCAGACUCCGUGUUCAGGUUCAAUGCAAACAUUUCAUACAGUGGUGUCCUACAUGCAGUGACACAGGACGGUCUCUUCUCAGAAAACAAAGAAAAACUGAUCAAUAAUGCUAUAACAGCAUUAUUGUCUCAAGAGGGGGAUGUUGUUGCUUCAAAUGCAGAACUUGAGAGUCAGUUCCAGGCUGUGAGGAGGCUUGUAGCUUCCAAAGCUGGUUUUCUAGCCUUCACUCAGCUUCCAAAGUUUCGGGAGCGUCUUGGCGUGAAGGUAGUGAAAGCUCUCAAGAGGAGUAACAAUGGAGUGACCCACGCAGCGGUUGAUAUGCUCUGUGCCCUGAUGUGUCCCAUGCAUGAUGACUAUGACUUACGACAGGAGCAGCUAAACAAAGCUUCCCUUCUCUCUUCAAAGAAGUUUCUGGAAAACUUACUGGAGAAAUUUAAUUCCCAUGUGGAUCAUGGGACUGGUGCCCUAGUUAUUAGUUCACUCUUGGACUUCCUGACAUUUGCCCUCUGUGCUCCGUAUAGUGAGACAACUGAAGGGCAGCAAUUUGAUAUGCUCUUAGAGAUGGUAGCAUCCAAUGGAAGAACUCUCUUUAAACUGUUUCAGCAUCCUUCCAUGGCGAUUGUAAAGGGAGCUGGAUUAGUUAUGAAGGCAAUAAUAGAGGAAGGUGACAAAGAAAUUGCUACAAAAAUGCAGGAGCUUGCCCUAAGUGAAGGUGCCUUACCUCGACAUUUGCACACCGCGAUGUUUACAAUAAGCUCAGAUCAGAGGAUGCUUACAAAUAGACAGCUAAGUAGACAUUUAGUGGGACUCUGGACAGCUGAUAAUGCAACUGCGACAAACUUGUUGAAACGCAUUUUGCCACCAGGCUUGCUGUCCUAUUUGGAUAGCUCAGACCCAGUUCCGGAGAAGGAUGCAGAUCGGAUGCAUGUUAGAGACAAUGUGAAAAUAGCAAUGGAUCAGUAUGGAAAAUUUACUAAAGUUCCAGAAUGGCAAAGACUAGCUGGAAAAGCUGCUAAAGAAGUUGAAAAAUUUGCCAAAGAAAAAGUAGAUCUUGUGUUGAUGCACUGGAGAGAUAGGAUGGGCAUUGCUCAGAAAGAGGAAAGAAACAACAUGAAUGUAAAUCAAAAGCCAGUGGUUCUUCGAAAGAGAAGACAAAGAAUAAAAAUUGAAGCAAAUUGGGAUCUCUUCUAUUAUAGGUUUGGUCAAGACCAUGCCAGGUCAAAUCUUAUUUGGAAUUUCAAAACACGAGAAGAGCUAAAAGACGCUCUUGAAUCUGAGAUGAGAGCGUUUAACAUUGACAGAGAGCUGGGCAGUGCCAGUGUGAUCUCUUGGAACCACCACGAGUUCGAGGUUAAAUAUGACUGCCUGGCAGAGGAAAUCAAAAUAGGAGACUAUUACCUGAGAUUACUUUUGGAGGAAGAUGAGAAUGAAGAAAGUGGAUCAAUUAAGAGAUCGUAUGAAUUUUUCAAUGAGCUCUAUCAUCGCUUCUUGCUCACCCCGAAAGUAAACAUGAAGUGUUUAUGUUUACAAGCCCUUGCUAUUGUUUAUGGCAGAUGUCAUGAAGAAAUAGGACCAUUUACAGAUACCAGAUAUAUCAUUGGAAUGCUAGAGAGGUGCACAGAUAAACUUGAACGAGAUAGGCUGAUCCUCUUCCUUAAUAAGUUGAUCCUUAAUAAGAAGAAUGUUAAGGACCUCAUGGAUUCCAACGGAGUCCGAAUCCUCGUCGACUUGCUUACCCUUGCACAUCUGCACGUCAGCCGGGCCACAGUGCCUCUGCAGAGCAAUGUAAUUGAGGCUGCUCCAGAUAUGAAAAGAGAGAGUGAAAAGGAAUGGUAUUUUGGCAAUGCAGACAAAGAAAGGAGUGGCCCUUAUGGAUUUCAUGAGAUGCAAGAAUUGUGGACCAAAGGAAUGUUAAAUGCAAAAACCAGAUGCUGGGCUCAAGGCAUGGAUGGGUGGCGACCACUUCAGGCGAUCCCUCAGCUCAAGUGGUGCCUGUUAGCCAGUGGGCAGGCUGUGCUGAAUGAGACGGACCUCGCCACCCUGAUACUGAACAUGUUCAUCACAAUGUGCGGGUAUUUUCCAAGCAGGGAUCAAGAUAAUGCCAUCAUUCGACCUUUACCAAGAGUGAAAAGGUUGCUAUCCGACAGCACUUGUCUUCCCCAUAUCAUUCAGCUGUUGCUGACCUUCGACCCCACCCUUGUUGAGAAGGUUGCUGUGUUGCUGUGCCACGUCAUGCAGGAUAACCCCCAGUUACCCCGUCUCUAUCUGAGCGGAGUGUUUUUCUUCAUCAUGAUGUAUACAGGUUCCAAUGUGCUUCCUAUUGCUCGGUUUUUGAAAUACACACAUACCAAACAGGCUUUUAAGUCAGAGGAGACAAAAGGACAAGAUAUUUUUCAGAGAAGUAUACUUGGGCACAUUCUACCUGAAGCAAUGGUUUGCUACUUAGAAAAUUAUGAACCCGAAAAGUUUUCUGAGAUUUUUCUAGGAGAAUUUGAUACACCAGAAGCAAUCUGGAGCAGUGAAAUGAGGCGGCUCAUGAUAGAGAAGAUUGCAGCCCAUCUUGCUGAUUUCACACCUCGUCUUCAGAGUAACACAAGAGCACUUUACCAGUAUUGUCCCAUUCCGGCCAUCAGCUAUCCACAACUAGAAAGCGAACUGUUUUGCAAUAUUUAUUACCUCAAACAACUUUGUGAUACACUCCGGUUUCCAGAUUGGCCAAUUAAAGAUCCGGUUAAGCUUCUAAAAGAUACCCUUGAUGCCUGGAAAAAGGAAGUAGAAAAGAAGCCACCUACGAUGUCAAUAGAUGAUGCUUAUGAAGUGCUUAAUCUGCCUCAAGGACAGGGGCCGCACGAUGAAAGCAAGAUUAGAAAAGCGUACUUCAGACUGGCACAGAAGUACCACCCGGACAAGAAUCCAGAAGGGAGGGAUAUGUUUGAAAAAGUAAAUAAAGCCUAUGAAUUUUUAUGUACCAAAUCAGCAAAAAUAGUAGAUGGACCAGACCCAGAGAAUAUCAUUUUAAUUCUUAAAACACAGAGCAUCCUCUUCAACCGUCAUAAAGAAGAUUUACAGCCUUAUAAAUAUGCAGGAUACCCUAUGCUGAUUAGGACUAUCACAAUGGAAACUUCAGAUGACCUCCUGUUCUCAAAGGAGUCACCGUUGCUGCCGGCAGCUGCAGAGCUAGCUUUCCACACUGUCAACUGCUCAGCUCUCAAUGCCGAAGAGCUCAGAAGGGAGAGUGGGAUAGAGGUGUUACAAGAGGCAUUUAGUCGCUGUGUAGCUGUCUUGAAUCGUUCCAGUAAACCAAGCGACAUGUCAGUACAGGUGUGUGGACACAUAAGUAAAUGUUCUAGUGUGGCUGCUCAGUUUGAAGAAUUUAUUACAGAAAUGCCUAGCAUCAUCAAGGAUCUCUGUCGAGUGCUGUAUUUUGGCAAGAGCAUUCCACGGGUGGCUGCCCUUGGGGUAGAAUGCGUCAGUUCUUUUGCUGUGGAUUUCUGGCUGCAGACACACCUGUUUCAGGCUGGAAUUUUGUGGCAUCUGCUUGGUUACCUGUUUAGUUACGACUAUACACUAGAAGAGAGUGGCAUUCAGAAAAAUGAGGAGACAAACCAGCAGGAAGUAGCCAACAGCCUUGCAAAACUGAGUGUCUGUGCUCUAAGUCGCCUUGGAGGGUAUUUGCCUGAAGAACAAGCAACUCCAGAAAACCCAACCAUAAGGAAAAGUCUAGCUGGCCUCUUGACACCCUAUGUUGCUAGAAAACUUGCUGUGGUCAGCGCUACUGAGAUUUUGAAGAUGCUUAAUAGCAACACUGAGAGUCCCUAUUUGAUCUGGAAUAAUUCCACGAGAGCGGAACUACUUGAGUUUCUUGAAUCCCAACAAGAGAACAUGAUUAAAAAGGGUGACUGUGACAAAACUUAUGGAUCAGAAUUUGUCUACAGUGAUCAUGCCAAAGAACUUAUUGUGGGGGAGAUUUUUGUUAGGGUGUAUAAUGAAGUCCCUACCUUCCAACUAGAGGUUCCGAAAGCAUUUGCUGCAAGUCUCCUGGAUUAUAUAGGCUCCCAGGCCCAGUACCUUCACACCUUCAUGGCCAUCACACAUGCUGCCAAAGUGGAGUCAGAGCAACACGGGGACCGCCUGCCAAGGGUGGAGAUGGCUCUGGAGGCUCUGAGAAAUGUUAUAAAGUAUAACCCAGGCUCUGAAAGUGAAUGCAUUGGGCAUUUCAAGCUGAUAUUCUCUCUCCUUCGAGUUCAUGGAGCUGUUCAAGUGCAACAGUUGGCUUUAGAGGUAAAAGUGCUCCACAACAAAGCAUGCUGCCGGCCCUCUCACUUCCCGCACAGGGUCGGAGCUUCCACCUGCCGUCAUUGGGAGUGUGCACGUGGUUUAUGUUGCCUGUUAGAACAAAGGAAUGUUUUACAGUUUGAAUCAACAAAUUUAGAAGACUGAGUGUUGCAUGAUGUCUUUCAAAAUAGUUCCUUUAUGGGACCAGCAGAUGGUGUAAUGGCU